ACCCAGCUGCCUCUAGGUUCUGAGAAGAUGGCGAAGGUUUCAGAGCUUUACGAUGUCACUUGGGAAGAAAUGCGUGAUAAAAUGAGAAAAUGGAGAGAAGAAAACUCAAGAAAUAGUGAGCAAAUUGUAGAAGUUGGGGAGGAAUUAAUCAAUGAAUAUGCUUCAAAGCUUGGAGAUGACAUUUGGAUCAUAUAUGAACAGGUGAUGAUUGCAGCUCUAGACUAUGGUCGUGAUGACUUGGCAUUGUUUUGUCUUCAGGAGUUGAGAAGACAGUUCCCCGGCAGUCACAGAGUCAAGCGACUGACUGGCAUGAGAUUCGAAGCCAUGGAAAGAUAUGAUGAUGCAAUACAGCUAUAUGAUCGAAUUCUACAUGAAGAUCCAACUAACACUGCUGCAAGAAAGCGUAAGAUUGCCAUUCGAAAAGCCCAGGGAAAAAAUGUGGAGGCCAUUCGGGAACUGAAUGAGUAUCUGGAACAAUUUGUUGGAGACCAAGAAGCCUGGCAUGAACUUGCAGAACUUUAUAUUAACGAACAUGACUACGCUAAAGCAGCCUUUUGUUUAGAGGAGCUUAUGAUGACUAAUCCACACAACCACUUAUAUUGCCAGCAAUAUGCUGAAGUAAAAUAUACCCAAGGUGGACUUGAAAACCUUGAACUUUCAAGAAAGUAUUUUGCACAGGCAUUGAAACUGAACAACAGAAAUAUGAGAGCUUUGUUUGGACUUUACAUGUCGGCAAGUCAUAUUGCUUCUAAUCCAAAAGCAAGUGCAAAAACAAAAAAGGACAACAUGAAGUAUGCUAGUUGGGCAGCUAGUCAAAUAAACAGAGCUUACCAGUUUGCAGGUCGAAGUAAGAAGGAAACCAAAUACUCUCUCAAGGCAGUCGAAGACAUGUUGGAAACACUGCAGAUUACCCAGUCUUAAGGUUUCAAAAACUUUCACGUUACAUUUCACAACUGCACAACUGAACUUACUGGCCUGUGACUUAUUUACUAAAUGUCCAACGCUAUUUAUAUACUAAUUUUCUGUUAAGGCAGUUGUAAAGAAUUGUCUUUAUAUAAACUUAAAAAUGCCUUUUAUUGAUAAGCAGGAAGAUGGGAAAAGUCCAUGGAAGAAAAUUUAAGAAGAAUCUUAUUGAUUGUACUUCAUUCUCUUAAUAUCACACUGCUUUUAAACCGUAAUGUGAUGUAGAAAUGACCUCGUUAAAUAAACCAUGAUGAUUUAUUAAACUUGCAUGUGAAGAUUAUAGAUUCUUUUUGUUCUGCUUAAAGAGUGAAGAUGUUUUAGUACUCAGUUUCUAGUUAACUUCAUUUUAUCAGUGGUAGGAAAUGCAUAGCAUAGAUAACUGACAGAAGCAAAAUACUGGCAUAUUAUCUUGACUUUCAGUAUCAGGUUGGAUUUUGCUCAGCGUUUCAGUAGGCUGUUUUAUGUACUAUAACGUUAUUCUGCUGACUCAUGCUAAAAUAUGUC